CAAGUGUUUUGAUUCUGCACCGUGGCCGCAUAGCCACGGGUGCAGAUGGAUGCCUCGUUCAGCACUCAUGUGGACCAGCUAAUUGCUCGCCUGAAGUCAGAGCUGGUGCAGCACUACGAGAGGGACGUAGCAUCCGUGAAGCCCAACCACGAGGCGAUAUCACCUGUGUCGCCAUCAUCCCAGCCGCACAUUCUCAGAUUGACCGCCUACCGGAAGGGCGACGAUGCCCUCUCUCCGAAGCCUUUGGGGUACCUUGGGCUCAAACCUACGGACUCAGAUGCCUCCAGCGACGAGGAUGUGCGCGUGAGGCCGAUGCAGCGCUUGGUCUCCAAGAAUGCAGUCUCUGACGACUCGGACGAGGCAACACAGACCUCUGCAGAGUCCGAGCUGAAGACGCCCAAGCUUGUGGUGGGGGCCAGGCCGAAGCCGCAGCUUUGGACGGACCCAAAGCUAGAGCUCUCGCGGACUCCCCCGAAGCUAAUGCGUGCGCAGACAGCCGACUUCACUCCGAAGCCUGAGGGGUUCCAUCCAUAUACUCCGACCACAGCGCCAAAGAUGCUGCUGCCUGCAAAGGUCGCACCUAUGUGCAGACGGUCUUCCAUGGAUGCUGAGCCAGCAGUGGCGACACUUCCGCUUCCAAAUCAUCCAGAGGUGGAGGAUUCAAAGGCAGACGAAGACGGCCACUCUGCGGUGCCUGACGAGGGCAGUGCGCGGCCGUCCAAGUCUUCCAAGUCUUCCAAGUCUUCCAAGUCUUCCAAGUCUUCCACGACGUCGUCCUCCAGCUCCGACUCUGCCAGCUUCGCAAGCUCCAGUGACGAUGCGAAGCCCAAGAACCUGCCCAACAGGCUGACCCAAAAGCGGCCCAGCAACGCCUCUUUGUCGCAAUUCUUCAAGCGGGAGCCCGCGGUCUCGCGUGUGUGGCUGUUCUUGCAGGACCCCGACUCGAGUACCUCUGCCUGGUACUAUGCCAACAUCAUGAACUACUUCUUGACACUCACGAUCCUUUUCACCAUUUGGCAAGCGGGCUCCGAGCCUGUCGUCUCCAGAUUUGAGGAGGGCAUCGUGCAGGUCAGCAUCGAGGGCAUUUUGCUGGUGGAGUUCGUGGUGCACUGGUUAUCCUCUGCGUCUAGGAGGGCUUUUUUGAGAAAUCCAUACAAUGUGGUUGACCUCGCAGCAAUCCUUCCGAUGGCUCUUCGCAUCGCGUAUGGCCUGUCGGCUCCGUCCGUCAUUGAGAACCCCAUUGUGCACUUUGUACUGUACUGCUACGUGCCAGUGGUGCGGCAGCUGAAAUUCAUUCGAAAGUUCCUGAAGCUGCAGCUGCUGCUGCAUGUUCUGUCUACCACACUGGAUGCUCUGAAGCUCCUGCUUUUUCUGGUCUGCCUGAUUGUGGUUUUUUUUGGAUGUGUGCUGUACAUUCUGGAGCCGGAGCAAACACAGUCUUUGCCGACCGCCAUAUACCUCUGCACUGUGACUGUUACGACGGUCGGAACUUGUGACAUGAAUCCAGUCUCCUGGCCUGGAAAGAUCAUAGCGGGAAUUCUUUGCUUGAUUAGCGUGCUGUUCAUGGCAAUGCCCCUGUCCGUCUUGGGGAAUGCCAUGUCCAACACUUGGGCAGAUCGGCACCGUAUUCUAUUGAUGACGCAGACGCGGCGGCGCCUGAAGAACUUGGGAUACUCUGCAGAUGACAUGCCGAAGCUCUUCAAGAAGUUUGAUCGUGAUGGCAACGGAGAACUGGAGAUGGAAGAGUUCUGUGAUUUGGUGGCCACCAUGCGGGUUGGUGUCAAGCCUACAGAGGCCUCAGAGCUUUUCAAUGCCUUCGACUCCAACGGAGACGGGGGCAUCAACGAAAUGGAAUUCAUGAAGGCACUCUUUCCCUUGGACUACCGCCGCAUCUACCGACGAAUGUCUGGCAUCACCUUCGGCACGUAGCACACGUAGCACACGUAGCACACGUAGCACACGUAGCACACGUAGCACACGUACUUGUGAAGCACUCCGAGCACGCAUGCAGGAAAGGAUCAAGGGAUCAAGGGAUCAAGGAUCUCUUUUCGAUCUCUUUUUUUUUCGUUUCACGCAGAACAAGCGCCUAAGGUGCCGUAGUAUAACAUGUUGUGUCGGUCCUCCAGGACUGAGGCAUUGCCAUACAAAAAGCGUUGGCCAGCGCAACGGGUCAGGUGACGGGGCACCAGGUGGAAGUUGUUGGCA